AUGGAGGUGGACGGCUCGGGCAUGGAGCUGCUGGCCUUGAUCGAUGAUGUGCAGGACAUCAGUUCCGACGGCUCGGGAUGGGGGUCGUCAAGCGGAAGCGGUGGAGCCUGGGGAUCAGGGCCGGAUGAUGAAGAGCUCAAUGCGGUGCUGGCGGUUGAGGAAAGCAGCAGUGGUGAGUGUGAUCAGAACGACACUCUCGAGUCAGGCACGGAGACACUGGUGUCGCUUGCUGCGGAGCUGGUGAUCGACGAGGUGGUUGUCGAGCUCGCUGAGAACGUCGCAGACGAUGGCAUCAUCGACACGGUGGCCGCCGACCUGACGUCGGCGCUGGUGCCGGUCAUGGCCGAUGCGCUGCUGGACGAAGCCAUUGACGCUGUGACCCUUGCUGCUGUGCGUGAUGCCGGCAGCCGCGAGUCUCCGCCGCUGCCACAGUCGUCAUCGUCGUCGUCCGAGUCAUCAUCAUCAUCGUCGUCAUCGUCGUCAUCGUCGUCGCCGCCACCACCUCCACCUGGGCGCCGACGAAAGCUCGACUCGCGACGCCCUGCGCCGGUAGCCAUCCGCCGCGAGUCGUACUCGGAGGACUCGUCCGAGGCCGAGUCGGUCCCGUUCACGCCGACAACUGACAUGGUGAUGGACAUGGUCGAGCGGAACGAGAUGGGCUUCUCGCUCUCGUCGUGCUCCGACUCGUGCCUCGACGAGUCGACCACCUCGUCCGACUACGAGCCGCCCAACUUGCUUGUCCUCCAGGCCGAGACCGCCGAGGCCAUGCGCCUGCUCACUACUGUGUGGGCGAGGGCGGCGCGAGUGCUGUCCGGCGAGGGCGGGGACGAGGCGCAGCGCGACGCGGCAGCUGUUGAGCUGGAGCUGUUCCAGUCGACGGCAGCUGCGUUGCAGGCUGAUCACGAGGUCCUGGCUGAGCUCCUUGCGCUCGAGGCCGAGCAGCUCGAUGUCCAUCUUUGUGAGACAAAGGCGAAUCCUGUGCCUGGCGACGGGCCGUCUAAGCGCGGCCUGCGGCGGCUCCGCACCCGCCGCGACGCCGUGGCUCUGGAGCUGGACGUUGUCGCCAAGUCGCAGGACAUGCUCACAAGCGCGAUGGAGAGCGCCGAGGCAGCCGCCACUGCACUCGCGGCUCGCCGUGCCGGCCCAAAGCAGUCAGCUCCAGCGCUGCCAGCUCCGCUCUCGCCCGGCACCCGCUCGCUGCCGGCCUCGCUCUUCACCGCCCUCGUGCAUCACCUCGAGGUGGCCGCCGCGGCAGGGCCGAGCAUCAGCGGCAAAGAGUGA